AUGUCGGCUAAGUCGAUAACACCUGUUGGAGAACAUCGUCGCAAGAGAGUCCGCAAGGGCACAAGAAGUUGCUGGGAGUGCAGGAGGAGAAAGGUCAAGUGUACAUAUCAAUCGGAAGAUGAUAAUGUUUGUGUCAGCUGCCUAGAUAAAGGGACCUCAUGUCUCAGUCAAGAGUUUGUCGAGGAUCAACCGCCACGCCACGCGGAAGAUUCAGCGCUAAGCCACCGGAUGGAAAGGGUUGAAAUUUUACUAGAGAAAUUCAUGCAAAAGGUUCCUCAGGGCACAGAAGAUAACCGCCUGGCCUAUGACCCAGUCGGUGUUUUCAAUCCCUUAUCAACGCCAGCGACGAUGAACCACCCACGGCGUUCGUUUGUAUCGACAGUCAACAGUGCUCUAAGACAGCAGCCCGAGGUUAAUACUUCCACCUCAUCUAAUGGAUCUCCGAUGGAAGGAAUUGAGGGGCUACAGCAGCGACUCGCUGCAAUGCUGCCUUGUCAAGAGGAUGUCGAUUUUCUCUCCGGCAUGAGUCAUGGGUGGUGGCUAAUUCAGCGACAUAUGAUGCCACACCUUUUGAAGCAACCUGAACAUGACACAGAAAGUCUGUUUGAUGUCUUGUCUGCCUCAAGAAGUCACCCCAUAGUCAUUUCAAGGCUGCUUCUAUGUGUGGCCAUCUGUAUUCAACAGCUUCCACCAAAGGUCGAUCUGCGACGGCUGCACACCACAGUGCCACUUCGAGAAAUGAUGGAGAAUAAUAUCACCUUCAUCACCACAAUGGUCACUUCUGACGAUGAAAUGACCGGAAGUAUGGAAGGUGUUGAAUCCCUUGCACUCCAAGGAAUUUAUCAGACCAAUGCAGGUAACCUCAGAAGGUCAUGGCUCACCUUCCGUCGAGCAAUAAGUGUGGCCCAGCUUAUGGGCCUACACAGAGUGUCUACAAAGACAUCCCAGGGAGUGCCAGAUUUGGAAAAGGCAAAGCGCCACUAUAUAUGGUACCAGAUAAUGCAAGCGGAGCGCUAUCUCUCUCUUGUCCUCGGGGUGCCAUCUGCUACAACCUCGGCACCAACUCAAGUCCAUAACCAGGCUCCUUUUCUCUCAACCGAAGCCGUCUAUCACCAAAAACUCUGUCAUAUCUCCGGCCUCAUCCUCACUCGUAAUCAAGGUGACUCCACGCACGCCUUCUCUGCUACUCAGGAGAUCGACGAAAAACUCGACUCGCUUGCAAAACAGAUGCCGCAUGACUGGUGGGAAAUUCCUUCCGCACCAAUGACCAGCCGCACAGAGGAGACAGCCGCUCAAUUUGAGCGGAUUAUGUGCCAAAUAUGGCACUUUGAGCUCGCCACACUACUCCACUUGCCCUUCAUGCUGCGCGCGGCCACUGACCGACGAUACGAGUAUUCCCGAAUUUCCUGCUUGAGUGCAACCAGAGGUUUGAUCAGGAGGUGGAUGUCUAUUCGUGAAGUUCCAGGCAAGACCUUGUUCAGCAAUCUCAUCGAAUUCCAAGCAUUCGCGGCAGCGACAACGAUCCUUUUAGGUCUUUUGGGGUCUACACAUACCACCACGGAUCAGGUCACCUUGCAAGAACGAUACGAAGACUUGCAGCUCGUAGAGACGGUAGUUCAGACCCUUGAACGACUACGGGAGCAUGGCACUGCGGUGCACCUCGCCGAUCAAAGUAUCACUGUCAUUCGCACCCUCCAGGGCGUCAUUCAAAACGAAGACGACUCAUUCAGCAGCCUGCGCCUCGAAAUACCUCACUUCGGCACUAUCAGAGUUACGCGCAGCGGCGCCGUGCAAUCGCUCGAAGGCGACCGGAUCAUAGGCGCAAACCCACAUCCAAGGGCAACAUUGAACGGUGCGAACCCGUCCCUUAGAACUCAUGGAUUUGACUCGGUACAUCCGGAAACUAGUACGGGAUCUGCAUGGUCUUUGAGGUCUGCCUCUGGAGACGAAGGUCAUCGAAGCCCCAAUAUGGCUGGCGAUGUUAUUGGUGACAACGCUAUGGGAGUGGGUCACACUGUUUUGCAAUUUACAAGCUGUCACUUUCCAGCGCUUACAAGCCCAUCCAUGAAUGAUCUUGCAGAUUGGUGUUUCCAAGAGAGCGAUACUUUAUGUUUUGACAGCCUGCUUGAUACCGAUGUGGAGGGCAGUCGGGAUUUCUAA